UUGAUGUUCAGACCUUGCACCGAAAUGACCAAAUACAAAUUCCUGCUACCACUGCUUAUUCUUUUCGCUGUGGAAGCGACCUCACAGAAACAAAUCAGCCACCGUCGUCCAAUUUUGGAUUACAAAAGCGAGUACGACAAUGGAGAUCUUGUGGCUCAAUCAAGCACCACAACGGUGAGGUGGCUCCCACCACCUGGCAAAGCAGUGUCUUCAAGUCAUCUUAGAAACUACCGCGAUUCAGACCAAGUGUACCAAGCAACGACAACGCAGGCUGUGGCUUCUCACAACAUCAAGGCGCCACCAAAGUCAAAGAAGAUGACCAAGAGCGCGGCCAUUGAGAUGUCCGACGCCCUGUCGAACACUGAGACUGCGGCUGAAUAUGUGUCCACAGCCCUAAAACUGUGGAAUGGACCUAAGCCAUCUGUCAGUCCCGAUACUAGCAAGAAGUCUCAGAUGAAGUACGACGUGUUCGAUCCAAAGCAAGCGGCUGAACUUCUGCACAUGCACCAAUUUGAUCCACAGUUGUACCAAGUGCCUCAAUCCAUGCAGUCCAUGCAGAUCCCCACGCACUAUGUCGCGCAGCCUACACAAUACGUCCUAGAACCUGCCCAGUAUGAAGAACAGGAACAGAUGCCUCAGCAUUACCAUCCAACAACACUGACACCCCAAGUUGUCACCCUCCAACCGAUCAUCCACAAAAAACCCAUUGAGAUGGUUGAAACCGAACCCCCAACUACCCAAGCUCCUCGAUACGCCAGACCAGCCAUUAGAAAACCAUCUAAGCCCGUUAGACAAAAAGCUCCAAAUGACAAUGCUUACGAACUUUACGAGAAUGUUGUCACAGUCACCAAACCCGAGCCCUUUGAACUACACACCGCCAAGGCUCCACCUCAGAAGGAAGUGACCGCUGAGUCACAACGAACCACUGUCAGGAACCCAACCAGCACCUAUACCGUUCAAGAAGGAGGAGAAACCCAUAUCCAUCAUCACUAUGCUCCAGUUCAUCAUCAACAGUACGAAGAACAAGCUGUGGAGGUUCAGGAACAACAUCCCAGGCCCAAGUAUGUGGCUCCCAGGGCUCGAACGAAACCAUCAACCCACACUUUCCAAAUCCAGCAUCAUCAAGCUACCUCAGAAGAGCCCUACACAGCACCUCAUGAGCAUACAACUUCCUACAGGGUACCCUCACAUUACCAACAAACUCUAAAGGCUACCAGUAGACCCCUCACUCAUCAAACCCAUUCAUCAUUGGUAUCAGACGUCGAAAAGGAAGUGAGUCAGCAAACCCAAAGCUAUCAAAUUGAGAUCCCGAGAGAAGAAUUAAUCAAGCACAUUGAGGAGUCGGUUAACAAGUACCUCAAAAACCUCAAUUUGGAAGAUAAGCUUACUAAGGAGAGGCCUAGGCCUUCAUAUGUCCCCAGGCCGCAGCAGCAUGUUAUGAUUGUUUCGACAACACCUCCACCACCUCCACCACCACCAACUACGACUCAGGCUCCAACGACUCCUAGGCCUGUGAAGAUCCCACGAAGGAGGAGGCCUGUUGUUAUGCAGCAACCUCAGCCUCAGCCUCAGCAGGAAGUAAAUCAUGAUCAUCAAGAGCAACAUAUUAUUGUAAGCAGUGAUGAUUACAUCCAGCCAUCGUAUGUUGUCCAUCAGGGUCAUCCUAGUCAAGUGUCCCAUCCGGAGCCUAUUGUUGUCACUCAACCUGCUAAGAUCUAUACAUAUGAAGAAACUCCAGAGCCACAGCAUGAGCAGGUGUAUCGCCAACCAAAAGUCAUCCAUCAGGAGCAGUACCAAGCUCAGUAUACCCCGGGGAAUGAACUAGCCAGGGAGUCUGUGGUACACAAUAUUGACCUUACGGAUCAGAAUGCCAAGUCCAGGCCAAACCAUAUCGAUCUUAGUGCUCUAGAUGUAGGGCAGUCAUGGUCUCAUGGUAACAGCUUUGAUCACUCAGCUGCUUUGAAGAACCUCCAGGGAUUUGAUCAGAGCAACGCUGUUCUACAGCCUUCUCCUCAUCCCAAGCUUCAUUUCAACUCACAGACAUACCAUGACAUCAAUGCCUUGCCUUACAAUCCAAAUAGGGACUUUGUGUCCACGGUUGAGCCUCCAGCUGCAGCAUCGAUGCAAGCUGAUGCUUCAACCACCUUCUUCAAGAAACAAUCUUUUGGACCAAUGCCACCUCAGAACACAAUGACUAUGCCCAUGCCUGGUCACAAUACAGUUAAUGUUAACGAAGGUCAGGCAUCCGUAGGGGCUUCUAUUAGCGUUGGAGGAGAGCAAAAUGUUCCAGGACUGAGGGAUGAGCAAAUCAAAUCAAUUACUGACGAACUGGGUCCUGUACACAUUAUCAAUGGUCUUCCUGUGGUCAACCCCUACAAUAUUGAUCUGCAUACUCUUAAGUUCAUGCUUGGGUCUCCAAUGGCUCCUGGAAAUACCAACCAGCCUCAACAGUCAGGACCUUCGUCAGUAUCUGAGGUCCCACCUCCAGCCCAUUCAGCUGGCCCAGCUGGUCCAGCAAUGGUUCAGCAGAAGCCCAAGAAGAAUAUCCAGUAUACGAGGGAACUUGGGUGGACAAAUUCAGUACGAUCACCUGCUGCAUCAGCAUCCAACCCAGUUCAGUACAAAUACACAGGGAAUGAUCUUCAGGACAGCUACAGUCCAAAAUUCAAUAACAACCCCAAAGGAGAUGGGUUCCAAACCUUCACAGGGCCCAAGGUACAGAAUGCUCAUCAGAAUGGACCCCCAUUUGAUGUGGUACCGAAGGGUAGGCUAAAGCUGAUAGAAACUAAGCCACGCGGCAAGAGGACACAUGUCAAGGGACGUGAACCGGACACCGAACUAAAACCUCCGCCAAGAUUUCCCAAAUACAACUAAGUUUAGGUGCUAAGGACUAAGGGGCUGCAAAGACCAUCCUCCCAGAUGGACUGCACUUUAUUUAUUUUUCACACUUCACUCUCUCUUCUUUCUCCCCCAAAAACCAAACAAAGACGCUCAAAAUGCAUCCAAUACGCGCAUGCAACUGCAAAUUCCAACAUUUUAGAGGCAAAUAUACUAAUUAUGAUGAGUGUAUGUACAUAGUAGAAAAUGCUGAAAGUUUAAUUUACCAUGACGUGCGUGAGAUAGAGAAAAUACUGAUUAUUUGUAAAUACCAAUUGUAAAUUGUGAUAAUUAUUAAAUUUUGUUAAAAAAAAAUAAGCUGACAAGAGGUUUUUUUUUGAAAGAUACCAAUGCAAUUUUAAUCAUAGGGAGUAGUUCCAGUCCUCCAAACUCACUCUCUUUCUCUCCCUUCCUCUCCUAACCAGGUUUUUGGGUAUUAGUGUGAAAUUCUCUACAAUAAAAAUACUACGUGCGCAUAAUUAUGAUGCUCCACGCCAAUUGAACAUACACAAUUUAAACUUGCACAUUUGUGCAAAUUUAACCUCGUGCAUUUUCUAUUUGGCGCUAAAUCUUGGAUGCACCCCCCAAUUGGACGGGAUAACACCAUUGUUCGAGAAAGCAGAAAAAUGAAAGUACCAGCAAUCUGCCACGAAAUUGAUCAGAUACCUCAAAUUCAAGAGCCACACGCAUUUGGACUUCAUGGAGCCACGGAGAUGGACACAGAAUUCACACUUUGGAAUUUUAUUUAUAAGGCUCUCUGCACCAGAGCUGGUCUACAAUGUCUGACCAAUUCGAUGAGACACAGACUCCACGUGCUGGAGAAAGUAAGAGUGCAUAAAAAUUACGAUAGCGAAAUUUUUCAGAUAAAUUUUGUAUGUUAAAUUAUUCUGCAUUUACAAGUGAUUGGCAUUUGCUCAAAAUCGAUUAACAAUGACUUUGAUGCCAAAGUCUUGGUCACUUUUCAGAUGUUUGUAUAUCCACUGUAUUUUGAUAUUUUCGCGCUUAAAUGUGCAUGUUCAAGGGGCUUGUCAGUAGCGGACCAUUGAUACCGCGAGGAAUAAAGUUCCCAAAAUCGUUUACAAAUUUUAUUAAAAAGUUUAUGGAAUUAUUCGAAUAUAUUUUCAAAUAUAAAUUGGUAGUAUUGAUAAGAUACACGAUCUAAGAUUUUUUAACAGCUAAUGCGAUAUUUUUUGUUGCUAUUUUUUACUUGUUUUUCUUUUUCUUCUUAUCACAAUUGUAAGAGGAAUGAACCUUAUUUUUGUGAUUGAAUAAAUAUUACUAUUACUAUUAGGUAGUUUCGAAAAAAAAGGAGCUAAGGACUUAAUAAAAGCAUAGUUAAAAAUACUUUAAGAUUAAAACAAUUCAACUUCGGAUGAAAAUUAGUUAUCGGUUGUGAACCGGUUCAUUACCAAUUCACAACCUAUUGAAAUUGGCUCAAGCUUGUCAGGAAAUCCAAGGCCUUUCCAACGAGCCC